CUUGUCCUUCUAAAGUGUCAUUAGACCAACGGAGUCACUGCUGAGACUGAAGCCAGCGAGGGUGCUGCUUUUGGGAAGAGGGUCUAUGUGGAUUUCAUUUGGAGGGGUCCUGGCGUAACUACUCUGGCUGAACCAUGAUGGUCCAUUGCGCUGGCUGCGAGAGGCCCAUCUUGGAUCGGUUCCUCCUCAAUGUUCUGGACCGGGCUUGGCAUGUCAAAUGUGUGCAGUGUUGUGAGUGUAAGUGUAACCUCACUGAGAAAUGUUUCUCCAGGGAAGGCAAACUCUACUGCAAAACAGACUUCUUCAGGAGGUUCGGUACGAAAUGUGCAGGCUGCUCCCUAGGAAUAUCCCCCAGCGACCUGGUGAGGAAGGCCAGGAACAAAGUGUUUCACUUAAAUUGUUUCACCUGUAUGGUCUGCAACAAGCAGCUCUCAACUGGAGAGGAACUCUAUAUCAUAGACGAGAACAAAUUUGUCUGUAAAGAGGAUUAUGUCAGCACCAGCAGCCUAAAGGAAAGCAGCCUCAACUCAGUAUCUUCUUACACAGACAGAAGUUUGUCACCAGAUCUUCCAGACGCCAUGCAAGAUGAAAGUAAAGAGACAGACCAUUCCACCUCUUCUGACAAAGAGACAGCCAACAACGAGAAUGAGGAACAGAACUCUGGCACUAAAAGGAGGGGACCCAGGACCACUAUCAAGGCCAAACAACUGGAGACCCUCAAAGCUGCAUUUGCUGCUACCCCUAAACCCACUAGACACAUCCGGGAGCAGCUAGCUCAGGAGACUGGAUUGAAUAUGCGGGUGAUUCAGGUUUGGUUCCAGAACCGAAGGUCUAAGGAGAGGAGAAUGAAACAGCUCAGUGCAUUGGGUGCCAGGAGACAUGCCUUCUUCAGGAGCCCAAGACGCAUGCGCCCCUUGGGAGGAAGGCUGGAUGAAUCAGACAUCCUAGGGUCUGGUCCUUACAGCUACUAUGGAGAUUAUCAAGGAGAUUACUAUGGAAGUGGAAACUAUGACUUUUUCCCCCAUGGGCCUCCGUCGUCUCAGACUCAAUCUCCUGCAGAUUCCAGCUACCUACAGAAUGCUGGGCCUGGUUCAGCCUCCUUAGGCCCCCUAGAGCCACCACUGUCUGGCCACCACCCCUCUGAAAACCAAAGAUAUGCGGACAUGAUAUCUCACCCUGACACUCCCAGUCCAGAGCCUGGUAUGACUGGCUCACUCCACCCCAUAUCAGGGGAAGUGUUCAACAGUGGUCCUAGCCCUCCAUUUUCUAUGUCAAGCAAUAGUGGCUUCAGUGGCCCACUACCACACCAAAACCCUGACAUGAACGAAGCUACAGUAUGGUAAUAACCGUUGAAGUGACUGUUGACUGGACUAUUAUUUUUCCCUCUUGAACAGAGGUCUACUCUCCUUCUCUUUAUUUUAUUUUAUCCCUGUUUCAGCAGUUGGUAGAACAAGCAGUCGUACAAAGCACAGGUCCAACCAGUCGUAAUGUCCCUUCUACUCCUCAUUGAAUGUGGAUAUAACGUCCAGGGUGAACAAACUGCAGCUUCCACAUUGAAUGGCCAUGUCCCUGAAAAAUGGGGUCAUGUAAAACCAAAUCGAGUGACAUAACCAAAAGCCACCUCCUUAACCAUUAGAGAUAAGAAACCAGCCUGUCUACUCACGUGGAACACUCUACCAAUGGGACCAGUCAUCUGGAUGAGGAACAUCACUGGGACCAACAUGGCACUGAAACCAAAACUUACUUUCUUGCCUGGUCAAGAUGAAACUGCUUCUUCCCUCUUUUGACUGAUAAUCAUUGGGACCAAGUUUCAUACAAAGCUAUAGAGUUCAUAUUUAUAUCGUCUGGGCCAGGACCCCAAAACACUCCUAAAUUAACUUUUUUUUUGUUAUUGAACAAGUAUGGAAUAUUAACAAACCCAAAUGUUGUGAAUUGUUUCAUUGGUCUUUAAGUCACUAGCUAUACCAUAAACCCAAAAAGUAAUGUGGGGGUGAGGGCACUGACACUAAAAUGGAAAAAACAGAUUUGAUCCAACUGUGAAGCUAUAUUUUUAACAUGCCUCACUUAAUAAUGCCACUAGAAAAGUAUUUGAUGUGAUCCAUCAUUUGUGACAUUGGGUAUUUUCAAGCAAUAAAAAGUGGUGGGAAAGACUGGAUUUAGCAGCAGCUUUCACUGCCUGACUUUGGAAUGCGUGCCAAGUCACAACCCU